GGACGCAUACAUUUUUUCGGAUGAAAUUUCUGCUUAUAUUCAUAUUAAUAUAUUAGUGAAUGGGUUGUAUUAUAAAAAUUCAUAUCCGUGUUGUCCUAUGCACUAUAUACUAUACGUGUGAACUACCAUAAUGUAUGUAUGGAAACUAUAUGUUGUCUUUUCAGAUUACCAGUAAAAUUAAAGUAGACCUUGGUUUGAAGAUCUCUUUCGUGUAUAAUAAGAUAUUAUGAUUUACUUCAACUGACCAUAAAGCCAACUUUGUAUUAUAUUGUUUUCAUGAUAACUAAUCUGUUUCAAUGGAACUAGGCAUAGCAGUGAUCGAAUUUGUUAUCUAUUAAUUGAAAGCUAUAAGUGCUGUAACUAUCAAGCUAUUACUAUAUCAUGUCUCUUAAAAUGAUAGAAACGGACGUUAAAAAUCAAUCCACUUAUAAUAAAUCAUCUUUUUACUUAUGUUAAUUUAUUACACUGAUGUGAUAAUUUUAGUUUUAGUGAGUACUAUUGUAGUAAACGUAAACUCAGGUGAAGAAAACCAACUUAUUGUUUUAUGCGAAAUUAUACAGCGGCUUUGUAAAAUAUCGAACCCAGGGCCUUCCGUCUCGCGCGCGAACGCUUAACCAACUGGACCACUGUAAACUAUGAAAAUUAUACAUUAAAUACACUAUUUACACAUCUUCCUUCAGUUGUCCUUCACAUUAUGACUUCUAAUCAUAUUGUUGUUCCAAUUUCUCUCUAUUUCCCUUCCUGUUUUCGUAUGCUGACAGUGAUUCCAAUUCCUGAUACAUACUACUUGUAUCUGUCAGUAUAGGUUGUGUACACUGCACUAUGUGGCAAUCACGCCAUUAAACGUUACAAUUGGAAAUUAUUCAAAGAUGGAUUCUUAUUAUUGUUUAAAUGAUUUGUGAAGGGUUAGUAUGACCAAUCGUGAAGAAAAUAACAGGUACACAUUAAGAAAUGUCAGGUCUAUGUAUCCCUUCAACACAUCAUUAAGAUAAAAAAACAUACAUAUUUGUGGUGUUUAUUUAUUUAAUUGAACACAUCGAUAUUGUUACAAGGCGGCAAAUACAUAUGAUUUGUGUGAGUCAGUCAGUCAGCUACAACGUAGGACCAGGCACAUAUAUGCAUCGGUCCAGGUUGCCAUACCUCGUUAGCACAGCAAGAUGAACACCGGAUUCAUGGGAGUGGUUAGGUUAAAGGUGGUAAUAUAUAGGAGAAAGAUUGCAUAUAAGGAUACAGUACCGGAAUAUAUAAUUAGUUCGUAGAAAGAAAGAUAUGAGGCGAUUUUAAUCUCUUAGUUUAAGGGAAGACAAGGAGUGUAUACACCGACGCCAUUGUGAUCUAUUCUGAGCCAUGUCAGCAAGAGUCUCCAACCAUCGGUUACGAAAGUCACGCGGACCCCAACCAUGUAGUCUGCAUCUACCAACAUGGCUCAGACUAGAGGUUAGUGUCUUUAAGCACUGAUGCCAGCGACCAUACCACGUUGAAAGCACCGGUUCUCGUCCAAUUUGUGUGAGGGCUGUGGUGCUGCCCGGGUGCCCAAACCGAAGCAGGUGGUUAUCUUAGCGGGCCACACCCGGAACCUUCGACCUAAAAGUCUGAUCCACAAGGCAGUGAAGCAUCGUAAGGAGAUGGUGACCAACUAUUGGUUCAUACUCCAUUUGUUCCCUCAGGAUACUGGAGCUCAUGUGCACCAUUGGUUUGGAAUCAGCGUUUUGCAACUCCCCUAGGUGGACUCUCCGGGUCCACCAACCGUGUUAAAGCGCCGGACAUUCGCUUCUCGUCCUCUCAAUUUCGUGAACAACACCCCAUUGCGAGAAGGCAGUGAUUAGGACUUCCGUGGUAAUGGUUGUAUGCACGUGGCCAUGUGAGAGCAUUUCUAGAGGGAGAGUAGACUCUUCCCACUCUCGGCCGUACCAGGACAUUUAGAGGCAUAUUUGUGAUGAAUUUAACAAGAAAAAUCUAGUCGCCUUGUUAAUUACAAACCGUACAUAAGAAAUUAGAUUAUUUGGUAUGUAGUAAUUAGACCACAUUCAAUAGUUUCCCUUUACAGUUUAGAUUUUCCGAAUUCAAGUAGACAUUUUUUAUUCUAUGGAAUAUCCUAUGCUUUGUAUUGUAAAUUUUGUUCUUAAGUUUUGAAAAUACUUCUAAUUUGUUUUAUGGUUAACCAGUUAGUGUAACGUCUUGAUAUCUUUAAUAAAAUAUUUUAAUUGACUUCAUUAUGUAACCAUUCCGUAUACAACUAUUUUUAUAUUUUAAAUAUUACUUCUAAACGGUUAAUUUCGAUGAAAAUUCAAGUAUACCAAUUGAUGAUAGUUUACAUAGUGAUUUAAUAAGUGUCUAAAAUACCAUACCUAUACAUUCAAUCUAUUGAAUUAUCAAUAAAAUAAAUUGUGAAGUCUUUCUAUUUACUAUAAGCAAAAGUUUUAAACUGACAAUUAAAACUGUCCUAUUUUGAUUUGUAUCUGUAUUUUCAGUGAAUUCUACAAGUUAUUGUCUGAACAUCAAUCUUUCUUGUUUCCCUUUAUUUUUUUUCUUGAUUACUCUUUUCAUUUAGUUCUAAUUCUACCGUUGUUGUUCAGUCAAAUACUAUGUCUACUUUCAACGACCAAAAUAUAAAAGACAAAGAACAACAAUUGAAAGAUUUGGACGCUGAAGAGCGCCUACUGCUUAUCGAUCGUUCCAUUAAGUCAAGUUUGAUUCAAGGUCAUGAGGAUAUUGCCACAUGUGUUGAUAGGCUUGAGUUUCUUGACAAAAUGACUAUUUCUUUACCAAUAAUGGCUAGAUGUUGGACAGUUGUAGAAACAAUACGAAAAUGCCGUCGAUAUAAACGUUCUUUAGAAGUAAAAAUUGCUGCUCAAAAGGUAUUUAAUAAAUUUCUCCAACUCUAUGCCACUGCUGAUAAAAAUGAGCUGGAUCUUGCCCAUGCUGAAUUGAUUAAACAUCAACAGCGUCAUAUAAAGAAACAUUUUCCUGGCUUUAAUAAAGAUGAUUCUUUGGAAGAAACUGUAUCAAUGUCAGCCAAUUCUAUUCCUCCAUACAUGGGACCUAAAUCUAUGGCUGAUUUAUUCCAACUGACAACGCGUUCUACAAAAAGUGAGAUAGCAGAUGUUAAAAAAACUUGUCAUGAAUCAGGAAAAAGUACUUCAGAGAUUUUACAAUCUCCCUCAUCUGUUGAUAAAACACCUAAUACAUCUCAACCUUUAGAACGAUUUGAAUUAUCGACUGUUAAUAUGGAUACACUUACUUGUGUUGCAGUUAAGUCUCCUACUAAACAUGUUGUUACCACAGUUUGUGAAUCAAAAUCUCAUUCGUCACUCCAUUCACCUUUAAAAGUAGGUUAUCAAACUGAUGUCUCUGUCCAGGAUAUACCUCUCCCUGAAGAAACCCCCACUCAGUUUAUUUCACCGAAGGAAACAGCCAUGAAUUCAAAUAAUGUAAUUGCCAUAGGUAAAGACAUUUGUGAGAUGCCAAUUGGAGAGGAUGUUGAAGAAGAAUUCGAACUUCUAGAUGUUUAUGAAGAACCAGAGGAACCAGAUGAUGCUGCUAUAAUCCAACAAUCUGAUUGUAAAUUUCCUAUACUCCAGUUCUCUGAGCCGGAUAACUUUGUUCAAACUAAAAGUAUAUCUCUAUCUGCUACACCUGAACAAGCUGGUUUCGCGGUGACUCCUAUGUCACAUAUCAAUUGUAGUUCAUCAGCGACGUAUAUGGGUGCAUAUCAUUCUCAUCCUGUUAUUACAAAUAAAUCGCUAUAUCCGUAUCCUAUUUUCCCAAAUGUACAGAUACAAAAUCCCUUCAGGAACCAUGGUCAUUUAUUAACCGACUACUCUUCACCAUCUCAUUCACAUCUUCGCCAAAAUGUUGACGCAACUCCACCUCAGUCGUCCUCACGCGCUUAUAUACCACAUUCUCUUCAUCCUUCAGAAGACCCUCCCCCACCUUAUAGACCAUAUAUUCCGACUCGCUGUGACCCUGAACAAACUCAAGAAUUAGGAACUUCACCUGAUUCAUCUACAAAACCUCGAAAAGAAUUGUCUCAACCUAGUAAUAUCACAAAUAACGGAGCUAUCCAAGAACUCACUUUAACGACCAAGGCAUCAAAUCCCAAUCCCGAUCGCCUCAAAGUUUGUGGUGGAUCUAAUAACAACAAUAUUUCUCGAGAAACUCGAACUCCGCCUCAUCGAGGUCGUAGUCCACACGCCCUUCCACAUCCAUUAGAGCACUAUCAACGUUAUCUUAAUUCUGCUCUUAACUCUGAAGAUGAAACAAGUAAAAAUGAUACGUCUAAACAAUUUACUGACAGACCUCUUGAAACGCAUGACACUUUACCGAAUAAUCAGUCAUCUCUUAAUGUUUCUAAGACUGAUAAAGUUGAAACUCAUAUUUCUCCCGUUAAUGACAAUCUUCAUAAUGAAAUGCCUUUCGUUAGUCCAUCUGCUGAGGAUCUUGAUACUCGUAUUGCACGGUUGUAUGAUUUAGCCAUGCGUAAAAAUAGCAUAACAGUGUCAAAUACUGCUGUAGAUAUAUCUAAUGAAAAUAAAUCACAAAAACCCACUGCCAAUCCAAUUAUUUCUCCCCCACCUCCUCCACCACCACUUCCUACAUCUCAACGCAUACUAUUCACACAUAGACCACAAAAUCCAAUUCAUUCGAAUAUGUCUAAAUGUCUGACUCCUUUGUCGUCUUCACAGCAGGAACUGCGACUGUCAUCUCAUAAGAUAAAUGACAACAACAGGAAUCUUGAAAAUAACACAGGACAUCGAGGACCUACCAAUCGCAGCAAUCAAAUUAGUUCUAGCUCUUUACAUGAACAAAUUCAGUAUUUACCAUCUGGUUCUCAUUCUUCUGGCCCUGAUAAUAUUGUGAUUAAUCCUAACAUUUCGUGUGAAAUGUCAUUUAAAGUAUCUGAACAACAAACUAGAAAUAUCCCUAUUUCUGAUUCUGCUCUGGAAUUUUCUGGUAUUAGCUUAGAUUCUAUACAUCCCGCAACGCACUCAUAUCCAAGACGAUCUUUGAAUAACCAUCCACAAAGUACCCGUCAUUAUCCUGUGAACCCGGCACAUAAUUACCAAACAACACCAACAACACAUCCUCACUUUCAACGUUCUAAUUCAAAUCGUAUGAAGUUGAAUAGUGAUCCAUUACUCUCUGGUCGCCGUCAUUCAGACAGAGAUGAUGAUCGAGAUAUUUAUUCAAUGCUUGGUGUUUGAAUAAAACAUGAUAUUCUUUUAGUUUUUGCUUUUAGUUUGUUAAAUAAUCCAUUUGUUGAACUUUACCUAUAAAUAAUUAGAUUGGUUCAUUAUAGAAUGAAUAAAAAUUUAUAUUUUAUUCUGGAUGUUCAUGAUAUAACUCUUGAGCGUCUUUCUUUCUCAAUAACGCGUAUAUUUCGUUUCCUUUUAUUUAAAAAAUAUAUAUAUAUCAGCAAAUCAUGUAAAUAUUUUCAUAAUUCUGUUUAUAUUUUGUCACUUCACAUUUUUUUUUGUUGGUGAAAAUAACAAUAGAACUUAUCUCAACUUGUACAUUAUUUGAAUGAUCAUUAUAAACAAUCCAGAUUAUCAAUGAUAUACGUUGUGUGUAAGUACAUCAACUUUAUUUCUUGUGUCAAAUGGAUUUUCAUUAGCACUAUCUUUUCAAUAGGAAAAGAACAAUAACUUCUAAAUUGACACAAAUAUGAUAACCUGUUUUUAUGUGUUCAACUAAUGGAUAAAAGAAUACAUGAUCGCUUUUUU